UUCGUGGUCAUGAUAAUUUCUUAAAACUAUGGGAAGCUCUCAACAGCAUAUUUAAGAAUAAUCUUAUCCAUUUCUUACCCCAUUGCAACAACCUCUGUCCUUCUCUGAAUCCCCUUUGAAGAAAUAGGAACUCUUUAGACCAAAAGUGCUCACACAACGUUUGCUGGGUUUUCCCAUUGACUUAUAGACUUAUAACAAGACUUGUUCUUUAUCCUUUUUCUAAAGGUUUAGAGGGGAAACUUUUUGAACCAGAAAUCUUAAAAUCUGGGCAUUAAUUCUUCUCCACUCAAUAUGGCAUAAUGGUCAAAUAGGCCCUAAUGCCACCAGGCAGGAGCAAAACAAAGCAAUCUGCAGCGAAGGCGCUUGCACAGAGUCACGGGCUAAGGGUAGGUCAAAGCUCCACGCAUUUCAGAAAUGUGUCUAGUUUGGGUAAUUUAUGAGCCAAGGGUGGGCCUAAGCCUUUGACUAAGGGGCAUCAAGAAACUCAUUUUUUCAAAAAGAAAUGCAUAUUCUUUUUUUGGGGAAAAAAGACCCACUAAAUCCCAAAUUAUCAAAUUAGGUCUGGGAAACAUUCUGUUAGGAUUCCCACUCUUCCAGGAAAGGAUUUGAAUUUGCGGGGCGUGAGCGAAAAGGAGCGGAAACUAACAUUGCGGCGCAGGCGCAGGCGGGCAUCUUCUAUUGGCCACGUCGGUUCCGGCGUCAUUGGGGGAGGGGUGGGUCCCUUUUUGCCCUUGCGCCCGGCUUCCCCUCCUACUCUUGUUUGACGCGGCGUUGAGGUGCUGGCUGUUGGUAUUGCGGAAGGAACCUUGGCAUCCCCAGCCUCUAGUUCCGGUGGCUACGGCCGGACGUCAACCUACUAUAUUGGGGCUUCCGAGCCAUGGCGACGAGGGAACCAGGAGAUGCCUUGGCACAGUCCACCCUUCCCUCUUCUGCCAGUCACAGCAAGGAAGCGCCUGAAAAACCUAACUAUGCUCUCAAACUUACUCUUGUGGGGCAUACGGCAGCAGUAUCAUCAGUUAAGUUUAGUCCUAAUGGAAAAUGGCUAGYAAGUUCUUCUGCUGAUAAACUGAUUAUAAUUUGGGGUGCAUAUGAUGGAAAAUAUGAGAAAACACUAUAUGGUCACAAUCUGGAAAUAUCAGAUGUUGCCUGGUCAUCAGAUUCCAGUCUUCUUGUUUCUGCCUCAGAUGAUAAAACUUUGAAGAUAUGGGAUGUGAGGUAUGGAAAAUGUUUGAAAACACUGAGGGGACACAGUAAUUACGUCUUUUGCUGUAAUUUCAAUCCGUCAUCCAAUCUCAUCAUUUCAGGAUCUUUUGAUGAGAGUGUGAAAAUAUGGGAGGUGAAAACAGGAAAGUGCCUCAAGACGUUAUCUGCUCACUCUGACCCGAUUUCUGCUGUUCAGUUUAAUUGUAAUGGGUCCUUGAUUGUGUCGGGUAGUUAUGAUGGUCUCUGUAGAAUCUGGGAUGCUGCUUCAGGUCAGUGUUUAAAAACACUUGUUGAUGAUGAUAACCCUCCUGUCUCUUUUGUAAAAUUUUCUCCAAAUGGUAAAUACAUUCUAACUGCAACUUUGAACAAUACUCUUAAACUGUGGGAUUACAGCAGAGGCAGAUGCCUGAAGACCUACACUGGUCAUAAGAAUGAGAAAUACUGCAUAUUUUCCAGUUUUUCAGUUACUGGUGGAAAGUGGAUUGUGUCUGGCUCAGAGGAUAACCUGGUUUACAUUUGGAACCUUCAAACUAAAGAGAUUGUGCAGAAAUUACAAGGUCAUACAGAUGUCGUGAUCUCAGCCGCUUGUCAUCCUACAGAAAACAUCAUUGCAUCGGCAGCAUUAGAAAAUGACAAAACAAUUAAACUGUGGAUGAGUAACUACUAAAGCCAAGUUAGCAAAAAAACUUAUGUGAGGGCUGGGGAUGUGGCUCAAGCGGUAGCGCGCUCGCCUGGCAUGCCUGCGGCCCG